AUGAAUAAACCUUUUCCACAAUUUCAUAUAUUUUGGCCCAUUAUUAUAAGACAUAUAUUUGAUGCAUCAUCAAUUGCAAGUGGUACUAAAUAUCUUAUUCGAGCAUCAUAUCUUGAAAUAUAUAAUGAAAGUAUUCGUGAUUUACUUGGAAAAGAUGUUAAAGCAACACUUGAUCUCAAAGAACAUGUGGAUAAAGGUGUUCAAGUACAAAAUUUAUCAUGGCAUACAUGUUCGAGUGUAGUCGAUUGUGAACGUCUUAUGGAUAAAGGAAAUCGAAAUCGUGCAACCGGUGCUACACUUAUGAAUAAAGAUUCAUCUCGAUCACAUUCAAUAUUUACAAUUGUUACAGAAAUGUGUACAAAAAGUGAAGUUGAUGGAAAAGAACAUAUUCGUGCUGGUAAACUUAAUUUAGUUGAUUUAGCUGGUAGUGAACGACAGUCAAAAACACAUGCUGAAGGUGAACGUUUACGUGAAGCAACUCGAAUUAAUUUAUCACUUAGUGCAUUGGGUAAUGUAAUUUCGGCAUUAGUUGAUGGACGUUCAAACCAUAUUCCUUAUCGAGAUUAA